GACAGCCGACCAGAGCUGCCGCAUGUGUACUGAUAACGGUCGUCAGGUUUGACAAGUUGGCAAGCUGCACACACCAACAACAUGCCAUAGCUUUGGCGAAGGUAGGGCAAGUAAUUAGUUACCCGUCGUAGAUGGCGGCACCGGGCAGGUACGACUGCCUGUGCUAGUGUUGGCGGACAAGGUAGAUUGCUUUCGCUAGGAAGAAAAAGAAAAAGGCAAGGACUUUCUCCUUCUUCUGCAUGGAGCUAGUUUGGACGUAUUCGCGUGAAUGUCUCGCGUACCGGAAUGCGAUGAAAUAUUCCCUAGUCAAGGAUGCUACUCAUCCGUUGCGCUAACCAUGACGGUAGGGCGGCGGCAUGGAGGAUGCGAUACAUGGUCGGCACCACACUGUUGCUGUGUGCAGUGCUGAGCACGGGCAGUGAUGGCGGUACGUCCCACUGCGAACAUCCCUAUGCCGGUCUGUACAGCCCAGCCAGGGUCGGUGAUUUUGAUAACAAGUACCCACCGCUGGUGUCCAUGGCUACGAUGAUGAAGAAUGCAUGGGUGACUGGGUAUAAUCCGGUCGCGUUGAGGCCGGUGGGCCGAGCCAAUCACGCUGCAGCUACCAUUCUGCUCCAGAUUGAUAAUGUGACUCUCGAAGAGACAAUGAUGGUGUUUGGUGGUGUGUCCGACAAGGAUGACUUUGCAUCGGAAACUUGGCUCUAUCAGCCAAAGCGCAAUGCUUGGCUAAUGCCACAGGUCGAGCAACUGACGCCGCGAUUCGGGCACACAAUGGUGACUGGUCCAUCUGGUGAGUACGUACUUCUGCUUGGCGGCUGUGCUGUCACGCCACAGGAGGAAACUCUCGGCCAGUAUGUCUUCUACAACAUGACCUGGAAGAACGUGAACAUCACGACCUUCCCAAGCCGGUUUCUGCACAGCACCACAAUCCUACCUCAUUAUCACAGUACAACCGUGCAGCACAGUUCUGAACGCCAUGUGAUUGGGCCCGCCACCACUGAGCGCCGCAUCUACGUAUUCGGUGGCUCACUCUGUGAGGAAAAGGAGGGCUUUGAAGUGGACGAGCUCUGGGAGCUGCACUUUGAUGCGGACGAGUUCCCCGGUGUCCGUGGUGCGGAGGAUUUGCUGCAUUGGAACUUGGUCAACGUGUCUGGAAGUAGACCGUCGCCUAGAGCAGGUCAUGUCGGUGUGUCAACACCCUAUGACACUAUGCUGAUAUUCAGCGGCUUCUACAACUCAACAGUUCUCACCGACCUGUGGGAGUUAUACCUCGAUUCUCAGCACGACGAGUGGCUCUGGAAGCGGCUACCAAGUCUGCCGAUGUCACCAAACAGCAUGCGGACAUGUGACUCGGUGAUUGGUGCGUAUGUCGAUCGGGAGGAUGCUAUCAUCGUGGCAUUCUCGUGCACCAAGAACUCUACGCUCAGCUUAUGGUCGUAUAUGUAUCUAAAUGCAACCUGGGAGUACUUGAUGCCUGUGGGCAUACAGGCGCCACAACCACUGUCGUUUCCAUCCAUGAGCAUUGUGGAUGAGCAGUUGCUGGUCUUCGGUGGUAGGACUCAGUACGGCCUGUCGUCAGAAGACGUUUGGGCCUUUGUUAAGCGAGCUGAGUUCAGCAUGUGGGCCAUACAGCCGCAGCCAGUAAGCUAUCCACAGCCCAGGGCAUUGCACUCGGCUGCAUUCUGCCCCAUUCUUGGCAUCAUGUUCGUCAUCGGGGGAUUUCGGAUUGACCUUCAGCCACCCGGUGUCCUGCAGCCUGCCGUGCUAACAGACAACGUCAUCUGGCAAUGGAAUGCAUCGUUUGACCGCUGGACACAGCAGCCGGUACCGCUGACCUUUCAACCACGCUUGGCAUCAGCAUCCCAGAUUAUUGAUGGUAACCUUGUCAUAUUUGGUGGCAUAGAUGGCGAGUCAAAGUCCCUGAGUGACACAUGGCUUAUGGGCACUACUAAUUUGAUGUGGAGUGAGAGUGGUAGCAACAUCAAGCCGACCGGUCGAGGAGCGCACACUAUGGUGUCCUACAAAAACAAAGCUGUUGUGUUUGGUGGACUCGACGCCACAACCGGAAAAAUCCUCAAUGAUCUCUGGUUUUAUGACGUUCCUUUGGAUGCGUGGUAUGCUAAACCGGUGACGCAAGCAUCUCGUAGAAUUCCUGGUCGGUUUGGUCACGGUGCAGCGAUUGUCGAUCAUCACAUGUACGUGUUUGGUGGUGUGGUUGAUAAUGAUAUGAAUCCACAGGACCAGAGGCUGUGGCGCUACGAUCUGGUGAACAACCUGUGGGAGAUUGUUGGUGGUGAUAGCAUGGCGAUGAUUCUGCCCGAGCCUCGCUUCUUUGCUAGCUUCACUGCCAUUGGCAAGAAGCUUGUCCUGCUGGGUGGCUGUACACAGUAUGCAUCUCUCACUCUGACACCAGAAACCUGGUAUACACAGCUUCCGAUCUUUUGCUGGGACGACCGAAGGACGCUGGAGCUGGCCUUUGUCUUUGACACCGGGAAGAUCACGAACAACCAGAAGUUCAACUACAACGGCGAAUGGACAUAUCCACUGCAGUUGCGCAAGGCACCGCCCAUGUACAUGCAGCACACAACGGUUGAGCUGGAUGGCCGCCUGAUCGUGUACGGUGGUAUUAGCUACCAGUAUCUCUACAAUGAAUCAGCCGGCGCUGGUCAGAAGUGGAUUGUGUCGAUUGGCUGUGACACGGGCUACUAUAGCCGUACAUUCUCCAGCAACUCGUGCAGCCGCUGCUCAAUCGGUACCUACUCCACUGAGCCAGGACAGGGGCAGUGCCAGCGUUGUCCGAAUGGUACGUACACGAGCGAUACUGGCAGUACCAAUCUGCUGAACUGCAGCCUGUGCAAUGCCAACGAGUUCUGCCAUGGUCACGGGCAGUGUGUGGUCCAGCACAAUGGCAAGGAACUGAACGCUGCCUGUCAAUGUAACUUUGGUUAUAGCUCAUCGGACCGUUGCAACGUACCUCUGUACUACAUGAUUGGAGGCAGUGGUGCACUCAUGGUCGGAAUUGUCCUCGUACUGUCCUACGUCUUGGUCAAGUAUAGGCAGAAGCGAGAAGCCGAACAAGAGAAGGUGCGUCUGCUGCGCACAAGUCGCCAGGAGAUAGCUGAGUUGUCCAAUGCCUGGCUCAUCAACCCUGAGGAAAUCACACUGAAGCAGCGUAUUGAUAAGGAAUUCCCGGGUAGCUUUGGUCAGGUUCACUUGGCUGAAUACCGGGGAUUCCAGGUUGCGGUCAAGAAGCUGGGUGUGGCCCUGGGCAAUUCGGAGAGCCGAUUGUUUGAACGCGAACUUGAGACGAUGCGUGCCAUUCGACAUCCAAACAUUGUCCUUUUCAUUGGAGGAGGGCACAUGGUGGAGAGAGACAAUCGCCCAGUUCCGUUUAUCGUCAUGGAACACAUGGCCCGUGGCACUUUGCGACAGAUUCUGGCUGAUUCAACCGUCAGUGUGGAUCUUGCUCAGCAGCUUCGAUUUGCACUGGACAUAGCCAAAGGUCUCCGCUUCCUGCACAGUCUCAGUCCACCUCGCAUUCACCGAGACCUGAAGAGUACAAACCUGCUUGUCAGUGACCGUUGGGUUGUGAAGGUAUCCGACUUUGGCUCUGCUGCACGAUUCGAUGUGGACACUUGCCACAGUAGCAUACAGGGAGCAGUGGCUCGCCGCAUAUCCGUGGCCGGAGAGGAGAGCACGCUGAGGUCUCCUGAUCACGAGUCUCGCGGUGGCGGCGGCAGCGACCUGCUCUCCGGUUCCAGCGUGGUGGAUGAGAGCACGCCUCUGCUGCAUUCACAAGCGCCGCUGUCGAGCCGGGUGGGAACAGUGGCCUGGAGCGCACCCGAACUCCUAUCCAAACUCUCCUACGGUGCUAGUGUAGAUGUCUACAGUUUUGGAAUUGUUCUGUGGGAGAUCUGCACACGCUGCAUUCCUUUCCAGGAGUACCCGUUCACAGUCGAUGUGCGGAAUGCUGUGCUGUCCGGUGUACGGCCUACAGUACCCAGCAGCUGCCUGCCCGCAUACAGCAUGCUGAUGCAAGCAUGCUGGGACAGUGAGCACAUGCAGCGGCCCACGUUCUCGGAGAUAGUGCCACAGCUCGACGAACAGCUCGAGAUGUGCUUAUCUAGUCUUGUGGAUCGGCCAUCCUCUGUCUCAUCAUCCCCUGCUAGGCCAUCGUCAGUACUGACUAUUCAGUAGCUUUGCCGUUUCAGCUUUGCUACAACAUGAUCUCUCCAGAGCGAACAACAUUGAUUAUUGAACCCAGAUUCAUUGAAGAUUUGAUAAGUCACGGUACAUAAGAUUAAUGGUAUAUCUAGCGAGACGGAAACAUCAAGUAAAAAUAGCUGAGAAUAUAUUGAAGACUAUGUGCAGGUCGAUCAUUGAUGAUUUCUUAAAUUGACAUUUGAUGAGCUGAUAUUUUCUUGACGAAAUACAAUCGGGCAAUUCUUUGAUGAACAGCAUAAUUAUGAUGUAGAGUUCUUUGAUAUGUACACAAGUCGAAAGAAGUUAUUUUCUUUAUAUCAAGUUGAGAGUUUCUAACAAAAGAUGGUAUGAAUUUGA